AUGACACACAUAAGAGCGGAGGGUUUGGAGGAACCACAGACCUCUACAUUUUUCGAAAAUGUGUACGACAAAUCUUCUUAUGACUUGGGAAACUUCACGAACAAGAUAUUAAGUGAUAGCGAAAAACGUCUAAUUCUUUAUAUGGGGCCCUUACAGCCUUCAGGACCUUUUCCAACAGACAUCAACCAGAACAAUAGGUGUUUUUCAAAAUCGUACUACGCUUCGUAUUCUAAAUACGGGCCAGUUAAUCGUUUUUGGUUGUGUUAUUCCAAAAUACUAGACGCUGCCUAUUGUCAACCCUGCUGGUUAUUUGCUUCACAAAGGAAUAAUGUUUGGUGUACGGGAAUUCAAAAUUGGAAGCAUUUAUCAGAAAGAAUUAAUCUACACAGUUGUUCGAGUGGCCAUUCGGAAGCAUGUGCUGUGUAUGAGUUUUGGAAGAAAAAAAACGAUACUAAUACUAUCGACAAAGAACUUGAAAAUGAAAUUCGCAAAGAAGCAUCAUUUUGGAAAAUGGUUCUUCAAAGGUUAUUCGAUAUCAUACUUACCCUAGCAAAGAGUUCUUUGGCUUUGAGAGGACAUCAAGAAGACUUACGUCAGAAAGGAUACCACGGAAAUUUUCUGUCCUUUGUAGAGCUUGUCGCUCGAUAUGAUCACAUUUUGCGGCAAGUUUGGGAUAUGCCCAAAGGAUCUGCAAGAUAUCUGAGUGCAACAAUUCAAAAUGAAAUGAUUGAGAGCUUGGGGACCAAACUCGAAACCCAUCUGCUACAACAAAUUAGAGCGUCACCGUUUCUUGCCAUCAUAAUGGAUACGACACAGGACAUAUCGAAGGUAGAUCAGCUAAGCAUUGUUGUGAG